AUGGCAGAAGAGUACUUCCAAACAUUCGUCGCCGGGACACUGUCCGGCGUGGUGGGCGUACUGCUGGAGUACCCGCUUGACACGAUUAAGGUCCGCCUGCAGGCGUACAGUUCGCUCUACCGGGGCUACUGGGAUUGCGCUGCGCGGCUUGUGAGGGAGGAGGGCCUAUUUUCCUUCUAUCAUGGGGCCUCUACCCGCUUCGUGGGCUCUGGCUUCGAGCACGCCGUUGUGUUCUCCUUCUACAAGUGGACCCUGCGCGAGCUGGGUGCGGAUGAGCAUCAUCCGCUUGCCUGGCAGAUCAUUCUUGGCGGCGUGGGUGGCGGCGUGGCGUCAACGGUCUUCUUGACACCACUGGAGCUUGUCAAGUGCCACCUGCAGGUGGCGAACAUGCUGCCGCCAAACCAGCGGGAAUUCCAUGGCGUCACGCACUGCGCGGUCAAAAUUGCGCGUCGGGGUGGCGUGACGGCUCUCUACAAGGGCGGAGUUGCGAUGCUGGCCCGCGAGGUGCCGGGCACGGCGGCCUACUGCGGCACGUACGACAAGCUCAAAGAGCUCUUGACGCCUCCAGGAGGCUCAACGGCUGAGUUGUCGCCGUGGCGGCUCAUGUUUGCUGGGGGCUGCAGCGGGGUGGCGUUCUGGACCGUCCUUUUCCCUGCAGACGUUGUCAAGACCCGCGUGCAGUUGGACCCCACCUUUUCCCACUACAGCUUUGGCAAGGCGCUGCGCGUGUUGUACGCGGAAGGAGGCGUGCGGGCCCUCUACUGUGGGUGGACCCUCACCGCGCUUCGCUCCUUUCCGUCCAAUGCGGCAAUAUUCUUGACGUACGAUGUCAGCAUGCGCGCCUUUCGGGCACAGCAUAACAGCCCGCCCUCCUACGGGUGGGUGUGA